AUGGCCUAUCAACUCACCGAAGAUGACUUGGAUGUCGAUAGGGAGUGGGACUCGGCACCAGUCCGGGCUGCGCGCAAUCCCAACCCCACCGUUCUGGAGGCUCUCAUGGCCUACUAUCAAGAAGGGCACAGUCGCUGGAAUCAGCUCUCAGAAAAAGAACGACAGGUCUUACAGUACUAUGGACCCAAUGAAGGUGUGUCAGGGGCAUUGUGGGGUACUUAUGAGUCUCCCCUGACUGCAGCCAUCCGAGCAAAGUCACCACAUAAUGUGAACCUCCUUCUAGCAUCGGGCGCAGAUUGCAAUGGGAUCUCAGCCAAUGACCUUUCUGACUACUCUGUUCGAUUUAUUCGUGGCCGUGACGCCAGCAUUGAUGUCUCCAGCUUUGGUGGCUGUCCCCCAAGGGCAGAACUCCUUGCGACUGCAAAGGCCAAAGGCAUUGAGAGCCAAAUGGCACCGCUGACCUCAGCCGAACUGGAUGAGCGCCGGGUUGGAUUCCCCCGUUUCUGGACAGAGCCAAAUGUACCUGGUCAACGAUUGCGCAUGGACACUGCACUGACUUCCCUUGAAGUUGCAGCGCAGUGUGGUUGUGAAGAAUUAUUUGACAUUCUGCACACUGCGGGUGCUGAAGAUUCUUCAUGGCGAGCAUCCACAGAGGCCCAAGAGGACAGCCUGCUCGAAAUCCCCAGUGGGGCCUCAUUGUCCGCAUUGUCAGUCUCAUCGCCAGUGCACCAGGCCAUUGCCUCUGGCCACCGAUCAAUGUUGAACAAGCUCUUCAACACCUACAAUUACUGUCCAAAUUAUCGUCCCCUGGUGGCGCCCACGGUGGCCCUUCCACCGCUUUCUUUUGCCAUUGCCCGAUGCGACGUGGCCAAGCCAGGUAUUCGAGAAUGCAUCGGUGAUCUAUUUGCACAUCCACGCCUUUCACCCCACUUGCGCACACCUGUGUUUGAUAUACAUCCGCUGCACUUUGCCACAGCGAGGCACGACCCUGAUUUCCUGGCUUGGAUCGCAGCCUCCAUCCCAGAUGGCCAUGCCACGGCUGGGCAGACAUCCCUGGGCCAUACAUUGCUCCAUGUGGCGGCACUUCCUCUGACCGGCAACCAUGCAGCAAUGAGCAGACCGGCAGUUGAGCGCAGCAUCCACUGCGCCCGCACACUAGAUUCCAAAUGGCGGCAGCACUUCAAGCCCAGUCCGCGGCACUUGAAAUAUCCUAGGGGCUCAAAGUUGCCUUAUGGUAUGCGGGGAAAUCCCUUCAAAGAAAUAUUCAUGACGGAGGCCGAACAGGCUGCUCAGCUGGCUACUAUCAAGCUGCUCCUGGGGUGGGGCGGGCUCGAUGUCCGAACGCAGGAUAAUGAUGGAAACACCGCGUUACAUUACUUGGCGGCGACUUUGAAUGUCGGUUCUGAGACUGUAAAAGUAUUGCGAGCAAUGGAUGGUGGCGAGGAAGUCUGGCAGAGCUCAAGAAACUGGUGUGGCCUGACGCCAAAGCAGUUGAUGGAGGAAUGA